CCAGAACUCCACCUCACGACGUCCACACGAGACCGCGGUAAACGAACGAGCAAAGUGAGUUUGAAAAGCAACGAGUGUGGAGCAAACGGCGAAACCAGCGAGUAUCGAAAGCGCAGAAGAAACCCGCGCCUCGCCGCAUGCAGAGCCACCGCUAAACGCAAGCGCACCACCAACCACGCACGCACGUGCGUGUCUCGCGACUUUGCUCUGUGUACGACCUGAUCCUAAUGGUACGAUGAAAAUCGUUUUCUGUUUGCUCGUUGUCUGCCGUCUUCUGCUCGCUUGUCCGCAACAGGAAACAAAUGUCAUUGGAGAUUGUUCCUUCAACAUCAAUCCUCUGCUUCAAAUGACAAAAAAUAUGAUGUAAGGAUAUUGUCUACAUACGCAUAACAAAAUCUAAAGUCACAUCCUUGGUGUAUCCCUGAGGGACCCAUGGAUGCCAUCAGUGUUUUUCCAUUACACAAUCAUUAACAGAAUCUAGCGACAUGGGUUUAAAAUGCUUUAUAGAUGCUCUGGAAUUGCCUUGAAAGUGAUCUUUAUCUUUAUCUGACAUUUUCGUAAGGAAAAAGAAACAAACGAUAUUCGUCGAUUUGAAUGAUAAUGAAUAUCAAUAAAUUAACUAGAAUCAAACAAACAGCUGAAACAAUAUUGCGAAAUUAGUUUAUUAUUCGAUACAUCAAUGUAAUAUUUUGUUGCGUGGAAUAGAAAUUUGUCUGAAAUUUUUACCAAGUAGGCCAUGGCUUUGUGGGCCGAUUUGUAGAUUAUGACAUCAAUACUUUUUACGUAACACCGGUGGACGCCAAAUGCCUAAGUUGGGUUAAUAUUCAAGAUGCACCACUGAACCGAUCAGCUGAUCAAAUUAUUCACGUCCAAAGUCAUUUACACAUUCCAAGUAUUCUGUACAAGAAAUAAAGAAUAUUGGGACAAAUGAAUUGAAAAAC